AUGCGGUCUUGGAGAAGCAGUGAAGCAGAACCAAAAGUCCUUGGCAUGCUUUUUUCUGAGAUUUUCAGAGAUCAUCUAGAAAACCUAAAGCAAGAAGUUAAGGCACAGUCAUUGAUAUCUGAAAUAAAAAUUGAAGACUCGAAGUAUUUCGAUAACACUUUUGAAGUCUUAAUAACCGGUGAUCUAAAUUCACUUGUUUCAGCAAGCAGCGUUAUUUUUAGCCACCUCAUUGCAGAUCCUUUAAGCGAAACACAGAUGGAAAUACUUAUUCCCGAAACCAGUGUAGGAAAAAUUAUAGGCAUAGAAGGAACAAAUAUAAGCAGGAUUCGUGAAAAUUCAAGAACAAAAAUAGCUAUUAAUAAAUAUUCCCCGACAUCACAAGCAGCAAAAAUUGAUGGCACGUUUGAAGGAAUUCUUAAAGCAGUGCAACAAAUAAUUGAACUCAUUUAUGAAAAACCUAAAAGGUCAAGCAGUUUGGCAAAGCCUGCUUAUCAAAAACGGCCUAACUCAGCAGCUCCAAGACCUAAAAUUUCAAACAAGUGCAAUAGUUUCGGGGAAAAAGUUCAAAUGGAAACAGGACCAGAAAUAACAAAAAUGAUAACAGUUCCUCAAAGUGCUGUAGGAUGGAUUUUAGGAAAGCAUAAGGCUGGACUUCAAAAACUAGAAGAUAGGUCUGGAUGUGGUAUUAAUCUACAAGAUUCCGUCGUUGGAGAAAUGAUGAUAUUUGAAGUGACAGGACAGCCUAACAAGGUAAAUGCUGCUAUGGAGUUAAUAAAAGAAAGUUAUAAUAAGUUGAGGAUGAAUGAGAUAGAUCAAAAUCCUGAAGCAAGGAUCAGAAAAAAUCGAAGAAAUAAAGGAGAAUCAGAAGAAGAUGAAGAAGAAGAAAAAAAAUUUAUUCCCCGUAUAAAAAAUAAAUCAAGACUUAAUAUCCGAAGAAAUCAAAAAGUCGUUUCCCUAGUCAUUGGGCAAACAGGAUCUGGAAAAUCCACAUUUAUCAACUAUCUCACCAACUUUUUCAGAAAAGGGACUCUCAAUAAUAAAAAAAUAGCAAUACCAACAAAAACUUUUCCAAAUCAAACCGAAAGAGAUUUUAAACACACAGAAAGACUGCUAAGUUCAGAUCACUCCCAAACCAAUAAUUGUUGUGCAUAUGAAUUUGCCGAUCCUGAAAGUUCAAGCACUUUCACCUUUAUUGACUCUCCUGGCAUAGGGGAUACUAGAGGUGUUGACCAAGAUGAAGAAAAUAUCCAAAAAAUUGUAAGUGAAGUAGUAAAUUAUCCAGAUAUCAAUGCAAUUAUUAUUGUUCAAAAUGGCAGUGAAGCUAGAAAUACUACAACUGUUAAGUAUACCUUGAGCAAGCUCAAAAACUCUCUUCCGUCACUGGUAGAAAAAAAUUUAAUCCUUGUCCUUACAAACUCUGCGGUUUCUGCUAAUUUUAACGUGAAUUCUUUACAAAUAGUUCCAAGAGAAACAUUUACAAUGGACAACAAUGCUUUUAAUAUUACAAACUUACAAAAUCUUAGCAGAUCUCAGUUACAUCAAUUGCAAUUGAGCUGAAACAGUUCUAUGGAAAAAAUCAAAGAGAUAGUCGAAUUUAUAUCUAAAAUGAAUACUGUAAAUACAAAACUGUUUAAAGAAAUGUGGAGUAAUAUAAAUAUCGCUAAACAAAAUUUCCAUUUAGCAAAAUUGCAGCUUAUUAACCUUAGCAAUUUAAAGGAAAAGCUAGAAAAUGUAAGAGGACAAAGAGAAUUAUCAUUAAAUGAAGCUAUAGCAUAUCAGAAUUUCAAAAAAACUCAAACAAUUGAGCAGACUGAAUGAAUUGAUAUCCCAUAUUAUAGCACAGUAUGCUCAAAUGAUGAUUCGUUAUGCCAUGAACGAUGAGGGUUAAAUUAUACUCCUGAUAAAAAUUCCUCAAUUUUUACUGGAUGUGCAUGUAUGGGAAGAUCACCUAAUUGCACUGUAUGUAAAUGUGGACAUAAUAGUCACUAUCAUACUAACAGAAUUCCAAGAAAAGUCCAGAAAACAGUUGAAAAUAUUCUUUACGAUGUUAAGAGGCAGCAUGAUAAGCAUAAAGCAAGAGCUAAUGAAUUACAAAUAGAAGAAUCUAAUUGUGAAAAAGAUUUGAAGAAUGUAGAAAAUUCUAUAGAGGACACAAAAAGAAAAAUUAGAACGGCUGUUCAGAAUUUAAGAGAAAUUGCUCCAAAUUAUAAUAUGGCUGAAGAAAUUGAUGGGGUUCUUCAGCAGGCAAGAAUGCAGCUGAAAAUAGAAAAACUGCUAGAGCAAAGAACUAAAACAAGGCUAGUUAUAAAAGUUCUUGAAGAGAUUUAUAAUAAUCUUUUAGGAUAA